AUGAAAGAAAAAUACGUCGCUAUUUGUGAACAACUCAGAGUAACCCCCAACUCCAGCGUUUUAAAAGCAAUAGAAGAAGAGCCAGACCUAUUUUUCAGCGACAGGUUUGCUUUACCUCUAAACUAUUUAGGAAAUAGAGGAACACUUGCUGUUCUUCCAUUCUUGUACGACAACUCUGCGUUAAGAAGCUUAAAUCUUAGAAAUCAAGGCUUAAAAAGUGAAUGCGCAAUGGAAUUAGCUGAACUUUUCCGAUACCACCCAGGCAUAGCUUCAAUAGAUUUAAGUCAUAACAGAAUUGGCAGCAACGGAGGGCAAUCUUUGAUGGAGCUUUUCGAAAAUAAUGAAAAUAUCAAAAUUUUAAAUGUAGAGGAUAACCCUAUGGAUUGGAAAAUUAUUAAAAAAAUUACUGAGCUGCAGAAGACUAGAGAAAAGAAAAAAACACAUCACGUGCCAAGAGACCAAGCCAAGCAUGAGCAGGCAAUGAUGGAAUGGCUGAAUAUAAAUAUUGAAGAAUCAGGAAGUUUGGCACCUAUUUUUACGCCAUCUCCGAGCCAGACUAUUUUGUCACUGUUUUCGGCGAAAGAUGAAAGGAUGCAUACUCAGUAUGACCAUGAAGAUACAAAUAGAUCUUUAAGAAAUAUAUAA